AAUCGCCUUUUUCCACCUUUCUUCAAGCAACCUCACUUCCUCGCCCCAAUACAAGAGGCUGUGCUACAGCCUAAUAAAUGAGAAAGAUGGCCAACGCCGCUGCGGAAAAAGUGCAGCAAUUCAAAGAUAGUUUGAUUCUUAAGGCAGAACAGCUUAUAUUAAAAGGAUUCCCAGAAAAAAUAGUUUUGUUAAAUGAAAUAUUAGAAUCGCCUCAAUUAAACGAAAAGAAUUUAUCAAAAGUCUACCAGGCUGUCAACAUUCCCAUUCCUGAACCAAUUACAUUUAACAAUUGUAAUGACAAUGAUAGUGAACCGGCACCAAAAAAGUUAAAAACUGAUGCACUAGCGAAUUGCGUCGAAGGGACGAAGGUCAUGGCCCUGGAGAGCGGGCCAGUCCCUUGCAACCAAGUUCUUCUGCAUGUUAUAAGGACUGUAAAACCACAUAUUAAACAGCUUGUCGAGGACGCCAACUUGCUUAAGAUGUGGAUAUCGUUUAUGAUUCCAAAAAUUGAAGAUGGCAACAAUUUCGGCGUGUCUGUCCAAGAAGAGACAUUGGCUGAAAUUCAGUCGGUAGAAUCUGAGGCUGCCGCUUUCUUUGAUCAAAUCUCGAGAUAUUUUUGCUCCCGUGCAAAAGUCAUCUCUAAGGUAGCAAAAUAUCCCCAUGUGGAAGACUACCGACAAGCAGUAAAAGAGCUCGAUGAAAAGGAGUAUUUAAGUAUGUGGUUGAUAAUGUGCGAGGUAAGAAACAGGUACUCGACAUUACAUGACAUCGUCAUCAAGAACCUCGAGAAGAUCAAGAAACCGAGAUCAACAAACUCUGAGUCACUUUAUUAAUAAUGAAUGAUGUGAAAUAAAAAGGAGAACAAUUUUUUAAAACUGUCCUUACCCUCAAAUGUCACAAAACUGACAUAAUUCAUUUUUGGUGAGAAUGACACAGGAUACAAGUAUAUUGAGAAUAAUUUAUCAUUUAAAAAAAUACACUAUUUAAAUUGUAAUAAAUAUUUUUUUCCCUGUGCCUUCGUAAUAAAUGUACAUUCAGAUUAUAUUACGUUUUGUACUUAAAGUGAAAUAGAUAAAACACAUACUUUUAA